AUGCAGCUUCCCAUACCUGACCCUACCCGCUUCAAGCGGCGCAAAGCCCUCAUCAGCCUCCUGCGCAAGCACUUGCGCGCCGAUCAGAUCAUUCACCGCCGCGAGGACCUAGUCGCCUAUGAAUGCGACGGCCUAUCGGCGUAUCGCCAGCGGCCCAUGCUGGUCGCCUUACCGGAUAGCACCGAACAGGUCGCGGCCGUACUCCGGUCGUGCUCCCAUCUCGACAUUCCCAUCGUCCCUUGGGGCGCUGGCACCGGACUUUCGGGGGGUGCGCUGCCGAGGGAAGAUGGAGUAGUGUUGAGCACGGCGCGGAUGCGAGCGGUGCUUGACAUCGACUUGGAAAACCGCACGGUGACCGUGCAGCCGGGCGUGACCAACCGAAGCGUGACCGAGGCGGUGGAGCGGAGCGGCUUCUACUACGCGCCCGACCCUUCGAGCCAGAUCGCCUGCUCGAUCGGCGGCAAUAUCGCCGAAAAUUCAGGCGGGGUACACUGCCUCAAGUACGGCACGACGACCAACAACCUCCUCGGCUUGGAGGUGGUGUUGGCCGACGGAGAGAUCGUGCGGGUCGGCGGCAAGGGCAUGGACCAAGCGGGCUACGACUUGCUCGGGCUGCUGACGGGUUCGGAAGGGCUGUUGGCCAUUACCACGGAAGCCACGCUGCGCAUCUUGCCCAAGCCAGAAGUGGCGCAGGCCGUGAUGGCGGUGUACGAUUCGGUCGCCGCGGCCGGACAGGCCGUGGCCGAGAUCAUUGCCGCGGGCAUGGUGCCAGCCGGCAUGGAAAUCAUGGAUCAGUUGUCGGUGGAAGCGGUUGAGGGCUUUGUCGGCGCGGGCUAUCCGCUCGGGGUCGCGGCGCUUUUGCUGAUCGAAUUGGACGGGCCGCAAAGCGAGGUCGAGUGCCACAGCCGCGCGUUGGAAUCGCUGUUGCGGCAGACCGGCGCGACCGCGCUUUCCCACGCGACCACCGAGGCCGAGCGGCAAAAGCUGUGGGCCGGCCGCAAAGCGGCUUUUCCGGCGAUGGGCCGGAUUAGUCCCGACUACUACUGCAUGGACGGGACCAUCCCUCGGGGUGCGCUGCCGCAGGUGCUACAGAGAAUUGGGGAGCUGUCGGCCGCGUAUGGCCUGCGGGUGGCCAACGUGUUCCACGCGGGCGAUGGCAACCUGCAUCCACUCGUGCUGUACGACAGCAAUGUCGAGGGCGAUCUGGAGAAGGCCGAGUCGCUGGGGGCCGAUAUUUUGAAGCUCUGUGUCGAGGUGGGGGGCGUGUUGAGCGGGGAACACGGGAUUGGCAUUGAGAAGCGGGAUUUAAUGCCGUGCAUGUUCAAGGACGCGGAUUUGGACGCCCAAGAGCGAGUCAAGGCCGAGUUUGACCCGCAGCAGGUAUUGAAUCCGGGCAAGGUGUUUCCCACCUUGCGGCGGUGCGCUGAGGCGGGGCCAUGCACGUGCAUGGCGGCGAGGAAAAGUUCCCGGAGUUGGAACGGUUUUAAGGCGGCGAGCGCGCCGCCAGUUGCAGACGCGAAAUUACGUUGA